AUGGAUCAAAGUCUAUACAGGGGUAUGAUUGAUAGUUUGUUGUAUCUUACAGCUGGCAGACUUGACAUUACAUUUGCUAUAGGAGUAUGUGCUAGAUAUCAGUCUAAACCCAAAAUGAGUCAAAUUACUCAAGUGAAAAGGAUUAUGAAGUACAUCAAUGGAACUAGUGACUAUGGAAUAUUGUAUUCUCAUAAUGCAAACUCCUUGCUUACAGGAUAUCGUGAUGCGGAUCGGGAAGACAAUGCUGAUGAUAGAAAGAGCACUUUUGGAGGAUGUUUCUUAUUGGGAAAUAAUCUUAUAUCUUGGUUCAGUAAAAAGCAAAAUAGUGUGUUCUUAUCUACGACUGAGGCUGAAUAUGUUGCAGCAGGAAAAAGCAAGGUUGAACUGUUGAUAAAGGCUUUGUCUAAAGAAGAAGGAAUUUUGAAAGGUGAUGGAAUAGAUGAAGAAGAAGAAAAUGAAGAUAGGUCUGAUGCUAGUGAUGAUGAAGAUGCUACCAGCAGUGAUGAGGAUUGA